AUGAUUUGGCCACCCAGAUCAACCGACAUGAAUCCCAUCGAACAUGUAAGGGACAUAAAGCAGAGGCGAGAGGAGGAGUCGCGCGCCGGCGGCGAUGCUGGACAGCAGCGGCCUGCUGACGCUGCACUACGGGCGGCACGGCGCGGGCGUGCUGGACGAGGUGCGCUCGUGGUGGGACGCGGGCCACGGCGCCGACCUGUCGCUGGUGUGCGACGGCGGGCACGCGCUGCCCGCGCACCGCCUCGUGCUGGCCGCCGCCUCGCCGCUGCUGCGCCGCGCGCUGCGAGACGCGCCGGCGCACUGCCCGGCCGCCGUCUCGCUGCCCGGCGUGCACGCGCGCACCGCCGCCCACCUGCUCACCUUCCUCUACACCGGGGAGGCCUGCGUGCAGGCGGGUGACAUUGCCAGCCUUCAGGAACUAAUUACCCUACUCGAAAUAAAAUCGGACUUUGUUCACGAAGAAAAAAAGGCGGAAGAAGAUGGCGCCAGAAUCGAGGAAGCCGGCUGCUCCUCCGCUACUCGGAGGCGGACGUCGGGCUCGAGUCCGGCCCCUGCGGCCGCACCUGCGGUCGCUGACUCCCCCCAGGGAAGUCCCGACAGCGACGCAGGGGUGGCGACGGCGGCCGUCUCGGCGGAGGCGGCAGCGGCGCCGCCGCCGCCUCCACUCCUCCCUGCUACCGAGAGCGGGCCGCAGCUCCCCGGCGCUGCGCAGGGAGAUGGCGAGGACUCGGCGGCGCAGGCGGGCAGCGGCGGGCGCACCGACAGCGAGGACGAGAGUCGCGAGGGGUACGGCGUAGGCGGGGGCGGCGCGACGCCGACACCCCCGGCGGGCGGCAUCCCGCAGCGGCGCCGCAGCUCGCUCAACCCCGUCAACCUGUCGCUGGCCGACGCCGAGCGCGCACAUUCGCGCAGCCCAAUGCGCAACUCCAGGUCCUCAGAGUCGGCUCCAGACGCGGACAGAGACCCCGGCGAGGGCGAAGGCGAGGGCGACAGCCGUGGGGCUGACGAAGCGGACAGCAGGGACGGCGUGCCAGAGAUACCGUGCAAGAGACGCCCGAGCAGUGCCCCAGCCCAGCCACAGGAGAACUCCCGAGACAGAUUGAAUGAAAGUGAGAUACGUCAGCAGACAGUCCAGCACACGAUCCUGCACCACCACCACCAACAUCACCACCACCAACAGCCACAGCACCAUCAGGACUACAAGAGGCAGCUGCUGGUGGCGGCGCAGCGUGUCAAACGGAAGCAGAUGUUUGGGGACGUGUAUAGUGACCCGGAUGUGGAUGUCAGGGUGGCAGCCGAUGAUGAUGCGCCACUCAUCCGCACAUCGCCUGAGAACUAUGUGGUGACCCCUCACCGCAAGCGCCGGCCAGGUUUUCACAACUCGCCAGCGCAGAACCCGCCCUUCGUGCCGCUGUGCCCGUCCUACCUGGAUGAUGUGCCACACCACAGGCACCUGCACAGCAGCCCCAGCCCACGCCUGCUGCCGGCACACCCACCCCCACCGCCACCCUAUCUACCUGCUCCACCCCCGACGGCUGUCGCUGCUCCCGAUCGCUCAUCUCCGGGGCCUGAUGACAAGUAUCACCACCACCAGCAGCAACAUCACCACCACCACCACCAGCAGCAGCGGCACCAUCACCACCAUCACCACACCCACCAGCAGGCAGCACCACCACCACAGCCGCCUCCACCCCCUGGUGGAGGGCAGCAGCCACUGGAUCUGGUGCCACGUGGGGAGGUCCCGCACUGGAGUUCGUGGUCUCUGGUAGCCGCAGGUGCGGGCACCGCGGCAACAGCAGCAGUAGACGAUGGGAGUGGCACACCUGGAGGUGGCACCGCAGGUUUUGUGUCUGCGCUGGCGGCAGCAGCAGCUCGCUCUGCCGGAGGUGGCUGUGGUACUGGUGCUGGCACUGGGGCUACAGCAGACAGUGAGUCAGGCACCACGGCAUCUGCUGCAGCAGCCGAUGUCAAGCCUGUGGUUGCUUCCAACAACAAAGUGGUCGCUGUGCGUGAGUACCGCUGCCAGUACUGUGGCAAGCAGUUUGGUAUGAGCUGGAACCUAAAGACGCAUUUGCGAGUGCACACGGGAGAGAAGCCGUUCGCUUGUCGUCUGUGUGUUGCUAUGUUCAAGCAGAAGGCUCACCUCCUCAAGCAUUUGUGUUCUGUGCAUAGGAAUGUCAUCAACGAAGGUGGUGAAGGCCGCUUCAGUUGCUGUUUCUGCCAGAUGUCAUUUGAAACACUACAAGAGCUCAUACGACACUUGUCAGGACCGCACAAUAACUUGCUUCUGAGCAAAAACCUCCACGGAUAGGAUGUGUCGCAUCCUGUGCUACACUAGUCACCGUUUGCGGUGGGCUACUGCUUCUUAUGUUCAGAGUGAUAUGAUACAGGGUAAAUUAAUAAGCAGUGCGGAACAAAUUCAGACUGUUUUCAUACUUACCUGUAAAUGUACCACAUUGCCCUGAAGAUUACUGCUUUCACAGUUGAAGCUGCAGUUUUGUAAACAUGUUUUUGUCACUUAGAUUACUUUCUGGUGAGUUUAUGAGAGGGAACCUGAGAAUUAAGGGAAAACAAACAGAAAAACAUUAGUAAACAGGGACAAUGGUUCUCAUAAUCAUUUAUUUAAAAAUAUUGAUGCCUGUCUUGAAGACAACUGCUAAUUGUGUGUGAUUUAUUUUUCUUCUUAAAAAUGAUAAAUGAGCACCAACUUGCUAACCAUAAUUAUGCAGUAGAAAUUCAAAGCCUCCAGUUUCCCAAAAUCAAAUUCAUUUAGGAGAGUGGCAAGAGGACUUUGGAGCCCCUUAAUUUCUAAAAUUGCUUGUCUCUUGAAAUACUCACUGUAUCAGAUUUACAAAUAUUGAUUUGUAAUAUUUAUUUGCAUUUUUCUUCUAUGAGACCAAAACUAUUUUAGCUUUGGGCUGAACAAAAUGAAGCAUUAGGGUACAGGAUCCCAAUGCAGUCUAUUCAGGCACACAUUCACACGAGAUAGCAGGACUGUAUUCAUAAAAGCCUAUGAUUUUCUCAGUGUUCCAUUAGUGAUAUGCCAAAGAUGGCAUGACUCCAAACAAAUGCAUUUGAUAAAUUAGCCUAGCUUUUGCACUGAUUGUGCAUCAUAAAUUACAUGGCUCUCACACGAAAAGUAUUGGUUGGAAAUGUAAAGCAACAAGCUUUGUUUAUUUGUUCAUGUCGCCAAUUGCUAAAGCCAGAAAAUUGUAAGUUGUUGAGAACCUACACAACCACAUAUAAAACAAGAUAGUUCCUUAUAUUGUAUAGUCAACUUUAUAAUGCAUGAAGAAUCAACAAUAAAGUCACAUUUUGCCUCUCUGUUUGUCACUAUGGACUACAAUAACACAUAGGCUAUAAGCAAAAGUUGCAUAGCGUAUGAAAUUCAAGGAUUUGAAUAACAGCUGUUUCUCUCAAGACUGGGGCCUCAGAUCUUACAAUGAGAUGCAUGUUACAUGAAACUCAAAAUCUGAUCAGCAGCUACUGCUUGAAAUGAUAACAUAUUCUUUAUGGUUUUGUACCUGUUCAGUAAAUGAGAAGUGCCUUAUGAUUCUUCAGUUUCUCCCAGCAUACUUCAUGAUGAAAGAGUUCACCCUGAACUCUUUCAUCGAGAAGUGCCUUAAUUCUAAAUGUAAUGUUCCAUACUAUUAGAUGUAUGUAUAUGUGCAGUGUAUUACUAUGAUGGCUGUGUUGAAUACCUCAGUAGUUUCCGAAACCAAUAUUUUAUUCUGUAUCAUAUAGGACUGAAUUCAGAAAACACAGGAUGCGAUUAUUAAUAUAAAUUGGUGCCCUGGUGCCCCUAAAGAACAAUUGAAGAUGUUGUGUGAAUUGUGCAUAGUGUCACACUCAAAGGAAAUAUUUUGUAGUGUUCAGUACCCCAUACUGAUAAUUUAUACCUCAUUUUCAGUCUACAAGAACUUAUAUUUCACCCAAUGAAUAAUUUAUAUCAUGUGAAUAGACAGUACAACAUGAUUUGAACUCAGCGAAAGAGUGAAUUAUCUUGUUAAAUUGUUAAGAAAAUGUUGUUAUGUUAGAUGUUUUAACGUUUUCUUGUGGGAUUAUUUUAGAAAAAUUGCUUUCUUAGGAGAAUAGUGACAUAAGGUAAAGACUGCAUGCAGCUUAGCCUCUAGAGGUAACUGAUUUAGCUUUGUAGCACCAAUGGACUAAUAAUAUUUAAAGUGUGCUGAUCAAGGAUACAUCGCAAAUGAUGGCUCCCACACUUUUACAUGGCCAGAUUUUAAAGUUUCAUCUAAAAAAUUAAUUUUAAACUGAGUUUCCAUUUCUUUUUCUUUCUUUAGUUUUGUCCUUUUGCCAGUACUGUGAAUAAUAGCAUAUACAUUUUAGCUGUGUAUGUAAUAGUAACAUGAGAGCACUCUUGUGUACAUCAUUUUCUCUUGACAACCUAUUGUGUUCAGCUGAAUCUGCACUUAAACUAUCACUGCCAUUUCUACCAGAAGAUAAACUUGAAAGGUUUUCUCACUCUUAAAUAGUCUUAGCAAACAAUAAUUUAUGAAAUUUUAGAUGAAAAAAAUGAUUUCAUACUUC